AUGCCAGUGAGCCUCUCAACGGCCCUGCGCGUUGUCGGGACCAGCCUCUUCGCCCUGGCGGUGCUGGGGGGCAUCCUCGCCGCCUACGUCACGGGGUACCAGUUCAUCCACACGGAGAAGCACUACCUCUCCUUUGGGCUCUACGGGGCCAUCCUGGGGCUGCACCUCUUCAUCCAGAGCCUCUUCGCCUUCCUGGAGCACCGGCGCAUGCGGGACGAGGGGCGGCCGGUGCGGCUGGGGCGCUCGGUGGCCCUCUGCAUCGCUGCCUACCAGGAGGAUCCCGACUACCUGAAGAAGUGCCUACGCUCCGUCAAGCGCAUCGCCUUCCCUGACCUCAAAGUAGUGAUGGUGGUGGACGGGAACGGCCCCGAUGACACCUACAUGCUGGACAUCUUCCACGACGUGAUGGGCUCAGAGCAUUCGGGCAGCUACAUCUGGAGGAGCAACUUCCACGCCUUGGGCGAGGGGGAGACAGAGGCCGGGCUGCGGGAAGGGCUGGCCCGCGUCCAGGCGCUGGUGCGGGGCACCACCUACUCCUGCAUCCUCCAGAAGUGGGGCGGGAAGCGGGAGGUGAUGUACACAGCCUUCCGGGCGCUCGGAGACUCCGUGGACUACAUCCAGGUGUGUGACUCAGACACGGUGCUGGACCCCGCCUGCACUGCUGAGAUGCUCCGCAUCCUGGAGGCUGACCCCCGUGUCGGUGGCGUUGGCGGCGAUGUCCAGAUCCUGAACAAGUACGACUCGUGGAUCUCCUUCCUGAGCAGCGUGCGGUACUGGAUGGCCUUCAACGUGGAGCGCGCCUGCCAGUCCUACUUCGGCUGCGUGCAGUGCAUCAGCGGGCCCCUGGGCAUGUACCGCAACGCCCUGCUGCAGCAGUUCCUCGAGGACUGGUACCACCAAACCUUCCUGGGCAGCAAAUGCAGCUUCGGGGAUGACCGGCACCUCACCAACCGCGUGCUCAGCCUGGGCUACCAGACCAAGUACACGGCUCGCUCCAAGUGCCUGACGGAGACUCCCACCCGCUACCUGCGCUGGCUCAACCAGCAGACCCGCUGGAGCAAGUCCUACUUCCGCGAGUGGCUCUACAACGCUCUGUGGUUCCACAAGCACCACCUCUGGAUGACCUACGAGUCGGUGGUGACCGGCUUCUUCCCCUUCUUCCUCAUCGCCACCGUCAUCCAGCUCUUCUACCGGGGCCGCAUCUGGAACAUCCUCCUCUUCCUGCUGACGGUGCAGCUGGUGGGCAUCAUCAAGGCCACCUACGCCUGCUUCCUGCGGGGCAACGCCGAGAUGAUCUUCAUGUCCCUCUACGCCCUCCUCUACAUGUCCAGCCUGCUGCCCGCCAAGAUGUUCGCCAUCGCCACCAUCAACAAGUCGGGCUGGGGCACGUCGGGGCGCCGGACCAUCGUGGUUAACUUCGUGGGGCUGCUGCCGGUGUCGGUGUGGGUGGCUGUGCUGCUGGGCGGGCUGGCCUACACCGCCUACAGCCAGGACCUCUUCAGCGAGACCGAGGUGGCCUUCCUCGUCUCGGGUGCCAUCCUCUACGCCUGCUACUGGGUGGCCCUGCUCACCCUCUACCUGGCCAUCGUCGCCCGCCGCUGCGGCAAGCGGCAGGAGCAGUGCGGGCUGGCCUUCGCCGAGGUCUGACUGCGGGGUGGCCCCGGGGACGGGGGGUGACAGCUACCGGUCCCCUCCUUGCCUGCCACCAGCCCCGGUGCAGCCGGCACUGAGCCGUUGGGUGCUGGGCAGCGCUGAGCGCGCCCGCCGUGGCGUUUUCUGAUCAAGUCUUGCUCUUUUUGCUGUUGGGGUUUUUUUUUUCCUAAUUAUUUUCUUUUUAUUUUAUUUUUUUUUUUCUGUACAAAGCAGGCUGCUGGCUGGGGAGAGGCUGAGCCGGGGCUGCCCGUCACCGGGCUCGGGGACAGCCUUGGUGCUGUGAGGGUGACGGCAGCGUCCCCGUCCCCCCCUUUCUGUGCUUUAAACUGAGCAUCCUGGCGGGCUGUGCUGUGCGGAGCGCUGCUGGCCAGGCUCCCCCCACCCCAUGGCCAUGGCUGGAUCCUCCCCCCUACCCCACUUCGGUGCUUUCUUUGGGGACUUCACGGUCCCCCUCCACGGUGCUAUGGGCAAAAUGGCCCCACGAGGCACCGUCUCCGUCCGGCGCUGUGCUGGCACCGCUGGCUGGUGCUGCUCUGCCUCUGCCCCACCACCACUGUCGUAUGUGCGGGCACGUACCCACGGGGAGCCCCCCCGUGGCUCCCUCCAGCCCCUUUCAGGGGGGGCCGGCUGCCCCGG